AUGGAAGUCUCAGAGACCCUGACGUCCAAGCCCGGCGAGCGAGCCCUCAUCCGGCGAUGGUAUCACUGGUAUGAUGUCAACGCCAGCAAGCAGGAGCGAAGGCUCCUAAGGAAGCUCGACUUUUGCAUUUUGCUCUAUACCUGUCUGACAUUUUUUGUCAAAUACUUGGACCAAACCAACGUCACAAACGCCUGGCUUACUGGCAUGCAAACCGAUCUCAAAUUCAAGGGCAACGAGCUCAACUGGUUCACCACCUACUUCAGCGUCGGCGUCAUCAUCGGCGCUCCCAUUUCCACAUGCAUGCUCACCGUCAUCCAGCCCCGGUUCUGGCUGCCCUUUUGCACCAUGGGAUGGAGCUUCUUCGUCCUCUUCAUGUACAAGGCCGAGAACGCUGCGACUCUCUACGCACUGAGGUUCUGCUGUGGCCUCUUUGAAGCGGGCGCCUAUCCCGGCUGUCUCUAUGUGAUUGGCAGCUGGUACACCAAGUCUGAAAUUAGCCGACGAACCGGAAUCUUCCUCUUUGCUUCAGUUUUUGGUGGAAUGUGCUCAGGCUACAUUCAAGCCGGACUUCACAAGAACAUGGAUGGCGUCGCUGGACUAGCCUCGUGGCGCUGGCUCUUCAUCUUUGACUUUCUCCUUGGCAUCCCCGUCGCCAUCUUCGGCUUCUUCGUCUGCCCCGACGAACCCAAAGGCAAAAAGAUUUGGUGGAUGACAGAGGAGGAAAAGGCACUCUCCAUCCACAGGAUGAAGAGGGACGGCCGUGACGCCGUCGGCGUCUGGACCUGGGACGUUGUCCGCCAGAUCCUGCGCUCGUGGCAAUUUUACGGCUUCGUCAUCGGUUGGGGGUUCGUCGAGCUGACGUGCGGCAACAACCUGCAGCGCGCCGUCGCGGCCGACUCGCUCAACAACCGGGCCAUCCCGUUCGUCGUGCUCUGCGUCUUCAUGCUCUUCUCGUACAUCGUCUUCCUCGUCGGCACCAACAACAUCGGCCUGCGCAUGGCCGCCUACUUCAUCGGCGGCGCGUACGGCGGCCUCUCCCCGCUCCUCGGCGGCUGGAUCAACUGCAGUUGCGGCGGCAACAAGCAGCUGCGGUCGUUUAUCACCGCCAUGAUGAUUUCCGUGGGAUACGCCAUCGAGGCCCCCGCGCAACAAGUCGUGUUCCCCGUGUCGCAGGCGCCCGACUUCCGUCCCACCAACGGCUACGCCUACGGUGUCGGCAUGGUGGUCGCGACGGCCGUCUGGUGCGGCGCCGUGAUCCCGCUCAUGUCGCGCUUCUGGUUCUUCAAGGACAAGCAGGCCUGCCUCAGCUGCGAGUGCGAGGAGCCCAUCCCCGAAAGCACCACCUACAGGGCCAACAACAAGACGGGAGAAGCCUCUGACUAA